AUGAACAUUUUCGUAUUUUUGAUUGUAUUUUUAAUAAUUUUAUUCAUUGUACUAGUUUUACCAACUCUCUCCGGCCUAGGAUCGUUCCAUAUCGAUAAAAAUGCAUUAAAUGAUAUUAAAAACAGAAAAUCUCAUAGAACUGGGUCUUUGAACGAGAAGUCUAAUGAAUUUGGACAAGAACAAGAAACUAUCAAUAAUAAAUCUAUUUUUAGAUCAAAACCAUUAAAAUUCAAAAUCAAACAAGAAGAACCUCCUCAAAACCAAGAACAAUCAUGUAACGGAAAUAGUAAUUCUUUCGAUAAUAGAUAUACAGCAAAUUCUAGAACUGGAUUAAAAAACCGUGUUACAGCAAAAUACAAUUCUGAUCCAAAUGCUUUUGAUUUUGAAGUUGACGAUUUAAUUAAUGAAGAUAGGGACCUGGAAAAAAUCGAGCAAGAGAAAAGAUUUGCUCAAAUUAAAGGUAAAGAAAAUGAAAUAUUGGAAGAACUAGCGUAA